AUAAAAUGCUGGGGAGUAGGAAGAGGUCAGCAGAUGGUGGCCUUGCCUCAACUCAGAAGAAAAGAAAAUCUGGUAGAGGUAGUACAAGUAUUCAGGACGGAUCCCUCCUGAUCAAAUCACUCAACGAUGCUCAGCUGUUCCUGCACUCUGGAGAUAGUCCUCAUAUACUUGCAGUAGAUCAAGCAACCUUCAUUAAGACAUUAUCUAAGGACGUGUCCACUCAUCUGGAGUAUCCUAAUAAUAUUGAGACUAUGUUGGAGACCCUCUUCGAAUACCUAGAAGAUGUGAGUUUUCUCCGUAAAUCUCUGAACCUCACAAAAACUUCUCCGGACUGUGAUUCAGCCAGGAGUGAGUUUCAGGACAGUGUGCUCAGGUUGUUGUUGUGUGUCCCGGACCUUCAAACUAAACUAAUGUCUCGGCUUCUGGAGAUAUUGGCAGAGAUUGCUCUCGACGAGGGGAUUGACUCCAACAUAAGUUCAUCUCAGGCAGAGGAAUCUCCGGUCCCUCGACUCAUCCUCUCCGCAGUUCGGUUCCUUCCGUUCAUCGUAGACGGAGCAGGACUAGCGGAGAAGAUUGUUGAGAUAAUUCAAGCUUGUCCUACGGAGAUACAGAAGGAGAUCAUCAGCUCUCUACCGGAGAUAGUUGAGGAUUCACAACACGAGAACAUCGCUGGACCAUUGAAGGAUAUCCUUGACGAUACCCGUCACCUCACUUGUACUAUCCUUGAUUCUCUCUCCAGUAUGAGUCUGAGUAGGGAUAUAAUGAAGGAACUAUUGAACACGGUUUUGAAACGUCUUUACAGGGUUGGAAUUGAAGAUCUACCCUCAGUAGUAGAUUUCAUCUUGUGCUCAAAUCAAAGUGACGCAGAUUUGAUGACCAUUGUUCAGGAUUUGAGAAACGGGUUGGAUAUCUCUCCCCCCACCUCUACUCAGAACGAUUUAAGGACCCAGAGUAGGAAAAAGGAAGCCAAGGAUAUACAGUGUAUCAUCAUGGAGAAUAUACAACUUCAUGCACUCACUAAGAAACCCUUAUGUGAUGCCUGGUUGAAAUGUAUUGAUGGAUCAACAGAUCCGGAUAAUCAAAAACCUCUAGAUAUCCUUGUCCUGGUUUGCCUUCAUGAUAUCUUCAGCAAGAAACGGUCCGUAGAAAAUAUUCUCAAAAAUAAAAUUAGGAACGGUCUGCUCACAGAGGCUCUCUUUCGUCAGGUUGUCACUGAUUACACCUCUGUCAUCAAGAAAUAUUUCCCGUCUCUGAUCUCUAUUUGUGACACCUUACUUCGAUCCCCGGAAUCUGUAAUAUCAAACUAUGCAAUCAGUAUGUAUAAUGAAACCUUUAUUUGUUUCGUAUCCGGAGACACUUACUAUCAACAGGAGAUUAUUGGAGACCUAAUCAGUAAGGUUGGGACGGGAGGAGGAGGAUUGAUCACUGAUGGUGCACUAAGAACCCUGGAGAAGCUAGCGGAGAACCAUAGCAAGGAACUUGUCGUCUUUACAACAAUGAUAACAGCAAUGAUGGACUUCACGGAGAACAUGAAUCUGGGACAGUUCCGGCAGUUAAUGCAUAUUCUCUGCACCUUAGCAUGGCAACCGGAUACUUCGGAAUCUGGAUCUUUACAAACUGAUAUCAAUAUCAUGAUCAAGAAGCAGAUCUGUAGCAAGUCUCCAGUUCUCAAGAAGAUGGGGGUGAUAGCGGUGGUGAACGCGGUGAGAGCAAUGGGGAAAUCCUAUGUACCAGGGAAUACCACAAGGUUAUCUAACACAACCACUGAUUCCUCUAAUCCUCAUCCUAUUUCCAAGCAAGCGAAAAUUAUUAUGAAAAUGAUAGACCUCACCAUCUCUGAGACAAAACAGUUCCCAGAGGCCGCUGGGUUGUUCAUGGACGAGUUAGCUUCUCCGGCUUCUAUCUCGGAGAUGCCAGAUGAGAUAGCGGUUGAGUGCUCCUCUAGGUUUCAGGAUAAGUUUGAGGUUGAGUUUGUUGAGGAUUAUGUUAAGGAUAAGACGGAGAAUGCUGGUCUUCAGCUCCCGAUCAAACUUGAUUUCAAGAUUGACGAGUACGAACCGGAAGCAGAUUUAAUGGACGAUGACUCGGGAGAGAUUGCAAUUCCAAUAUCUCGCUGGGUUUUGGAAUCCAAGAAGAAUCCACUUGCUUUAAGAACUGAGAUGUUUCGCUUUAUCCCUCAUUUCAGGCUCAUGGGUGCCAUCAAAAAGAGCAACAGCGAGGAAUCAGAAAUAGACGCUUUACUAGGUUGUGGAGUAUUAGUUGUUCCAGAGGGAUAUCUUGAUGGUAAAGAGAACUUGGGUCAAAAAGACCUUGAUUCUGUUUGUGAUAUAGUUUUCCUGAGCAUUAACUGGUUCAGAGAAACUGUAAACUAUUUCUCUGUGUUCAAGGAGACAGAAACAAGAAGACAGAUCCUAGUCCGCUUGAAGAAUAUCCUUUUUCUGGAGGAGAGAUUAAAAGGUCUUCUGAGUCGGAACCCUCAGUAUCGCCCUCCUGCGGUACUCUUCUCUGAGGAUACAAAUGAUUGGACUCCUCCUACAUCAGCUCAGGAUAAAACUAAAUCAAAGAAGGGGAAAGGAAAGAAAGGAGGGAAGGGAAAGGGUAAAGGCAAACCUCUAACUGAUGCAACUAUGAACGGAACUAUGCAUCUCAACACUCAAACCUCGGUUGCUGGACCUGUUGCAUCAUCUACCUUGAUUGGGAACAUUUCAUUGGCUGAGAACUCAACCACAGGAGUUAAACUGUUCUUUGAUUUAUCUCCUUACCGUCCCUUUUUCAGAGAGUUGGACCUAACUACUCUCCAUAUCUUCAGCUACGUUGUAGUUACUACAGAGAGUGAACCAACCUACGAUGAAGAGAAAUUAGAUCCUAAACUCCGUCCUGCCGAACUCUUGUUUCUACUCAAGGAUAUUGCAGGAAAGGUUGAGAGACGUCUUGUGUCGGGAGGGAAAAAGAAAGGUUUCCCAGGUCAAGGAUUUUGUGCUGCAUCUACUGGAAAUAUAAAUCUGAUGUCGCUCUCAGAGGCAGCUUUUGUUGAGAAGAUAGCUUGUGUUCUACCCAAGAUAUUUGCUAACCUUGAUGUGUUGAAAGAAUAUUUCCAGAGACUGAUCAGACUGAAUGACGGUAUUAUGGACUGUAUCAAUAUGUACAAUGAGUCAUGUGACCUUUUUUCUCAAUGUAUCAAGUUUGGGUUUGAAAUGACAGCUUCGUUCUUCUCCUGGAAUGGAUUUCAGUCUGCUGAUAAGUCCGGUAUCUUGCUGAGCUGUCUUAAAGGUUUAGUUGAGAGGGUGGAUAUUGGAAUGUCAGACUCCGUCUCGAUUGCAACGCUAGCGGAAAAGGUUGUACAGUAUCUAAUGACAUUCACGGAAAACAUUGUGAGCUCUGAGGUUGCGGGAAGUCAUCUUACCCUCUUGGACGCACUGGUGCGGGUUGCAGGGAACUCCAAGGUGACAAGAAAAGCCGUAGCUCAAGCUGCCACUACAUACGCUAAGAAUUGUUGGCAAACCUCUCAGGGAAAGGAGAAGGGCGCCUUGUUUAAUGUGCAGGUGGAGAAGUUCUUUUCGAUCUACUUGGAAUACUCGGAGAACAUUCUCAAAGAGAUGAUGGAGAUACUCGACAAUGGGGUUCAAGACGUCUUUGAUAAUAAAGGCAAGGAUUACAAUAAUGAAACUUAUCAGACAAUAUCUCGUGGAUCCCUAGGAGUCAUUUACAGGGUGUGUCUGCAGAAACUCUCUGUUUACGUGAAGAAAAUUACUUAUGGGGUAACCAAGGAUAAGGAUGAACAACUAGAGCAGUGGGCCACCACUACUAAUCUUCUUCACAAAGCUGUAAACCCUUUGAAGACCUGGAGAAACAGAUCUAUCCUAAUGGCAGUGUUGAAACUAUCCAAACCAUUCCUCGACCAUUUCUUGAAGCAUGGUAUGAUUUUACUGGAGAGCAUGUUUAAAAGGAAGGGAACCGACUGCAUAAAUAUCAUCAAAACGUUGCAAACUUCCACCAGAUAUCUCCACUAUAUCUGUAGUUCCACUAAAACUGAUCAUGAUAUCGCCCUGGCAAACCAUGUUCCGUUCCUCAAGAAAUCCUUAGAAGCGGUAGUGUACCGCGUCCAGGCCAUGAUGGCAGCAAACAACUGCGGAGAUGCAUUCUGGAUGGGUAAUCUCAAGAAUAGAGAUCUUCAGGGAGAGGAGAUUCUCUCCCAGGUUACAGAGGAGGGAGAAGAGGAAGAAGAUGAAGAGGAGGAGGAUGAGCAGGGAGAACAGAACGAUGAAGAAGAGGAGGAGGGAGAGGACGACGCUACGGAGGACGGAGAGGGAGAAGAGAAUGUGGUAUUUCUAGAAUGAUUUCUUCAAGAUCAAUCAUUCUAAAUGUUUUGUGAUUAGAAACAGUUACGCUUAUACAUUAUACAAUAUACCUAAAUAAUUUAAAUAUCUUCAAAACAAAAUUAUGAUCUAUUAAA